GAGGUUUUUUUUUUUUUUUGGGAAAAUUGUUAAUUUUGAGAGUGAAUGUAUGUAUAUAUAAGCAAUUGGAUUGGUCCUACUGGAUGGUGGUGGUAGUGAACCUGAAUUGGAGUUUGUUUACUGUUGGGAAUAGCGCUUUCAUCUUCCAUACUUCAUUAUAUUAACACAAAAUGAAGAGUGAAGUUCUUCUGGCUCCAUUUUCUUCUCCUUCUCAUGGAGUAGAAUCCAAUGAAUGUUGUGACACAAUUAUGUCUCCCGCCGAGCUUGCAUCUGGGGAUUUUGGAUGCUCACAUUAUAGAAGGAGAUGCAAGAUAAGAGCUCCCUGUUGCAAUGAGAUUUUUGAUUGCAGGCAUUGCCAUGAUGAAGCAAAGAAUUCUUUGGAAACGAAUCCCUUAGAUCGACAUGAUCUUCCCCGCCAAGAAGUUGAAAAGGUCAUCUGCUCCCUAUGUGAAACAGAGCAAGAUGUCCAGCAAUAUUGCGUUGGCUGUGGAGUUUGCAUGGGAAAGUACUUUUGCAGUAUAUGCAAGUUCUUCGAUGAUGAUACUUCAAAAAAUCAAUAUCACUGUGAUGACUGUGGAAUAUGCAGAACCGGAGGCAAGGAAAAUUUCUUCCAUUGUAACAAUUGCGGAUGUUGCUACUCUAAGUUAAUGGAAGGUGGACAUCCUUGUGUUGAAAGGGCUAUGCAUCAUAACUGCCCUGUUUGCUUUGAGUUUCUGUUUGAUUCGAGGAAAGACAUUUCUGUCUUACCUUGUGGACAUACAAUACAUUUGGACUGUCUUAAAGAGAUGGAGCUCCAUUUUCAAUAUUCUUGCCCUGUUUGCUCGAAGUCCAUCUAUGAUAUGUCUAAAGUGUGGAAAAAGCUUGAUGAAGUGGUUGCCUCAACUCCAAUGCCUGAGAUAUACCGAAACAAGAUGGUAUGGAUCCUCUGCAAUGACUGUGGAGCCAAAAAUGAAGUUAAUUUCCACAUUGUAGCACACAAAUGCCUCAAUUGCAAAUCCUACAAUACAAGACAGACACAAGGAGGUCCUGCUGCUUCAUGCUCCUCAGAUGUGGCUGAGAUAGUGAGAUGACCACUGGCUUGAAAAAAAGACUUUCCAAUGAACUAACCAUUCUUUUUCCAAGUGGAGCAAAAAAGAUAGCCUGAAAAAGAGGGGGAAAAAAAAAAAAAAAAAGUCUUGUCAUAAACUAAUAUGUUAAAGUAGUUGUGCUUAUAGGCAAGUAGCACAUUUUUUUUUCCUUUAGGAAAUUAUUAGCUUAAUCCAAAUUGCAUUCGUGUAUUAAAAAUUUUAGUUAUGAAUAAAAGCACAAGUCUUUCUUCUCUAAUAA